AUGGUGUCUCUUCUGCCCUGGCUGGCCAUUGUUCUCUGGGUAGAAGAUGCCGAGGCUCAGCUGGAAGAGGGAGGAAACUUCUAUUCAGAAAAUGUCAGCCGCAUCCUGGACAACUUGCUUGAGGGCUAUGACAAUCGCCUGCGGCCAGGAUUUGGGGGUGCUGUCACCGAAGUCAAAACGGACAUCUACGUGACCAGCUUCGGGCCAGUGUCCGAUGUGGAGAUGGAGUACACGAUGGAUGUUUUCUUCCGCCAGACUUGGACUGAUGAGAGGCUGAGGUUUGGAGGGCCCGCGGAGAUUCUGAGCUUGAAUAACCUGAUGGUCAGUAAGAUCUGGACCCCUGACACUUUCUUCAGGAAUGGCAAGAAGUCCAUCGCUCACAACAUGACGACCCCGAACAAGCUCUUCAGGUUAAUGCAGAACGGGACCAUUCUGUACACCAUGAGGCUGACCAUCAACGCUGACUGCCCCAUGAGGCUGGUGAACUUCCCUAUGGAUGGGCAUGCUUGUCCCCUCAAGUUUGGGAGUUAUGCUUAUCCCAAAAGUGAAAUCAUAUAUACAUGGAAAAAAGGACCGCUGUACUCAGUGGAAGUCCCGGAGGAGUCGUCGAGUCUCCUCCAGUACGAUCUGAUUGGACAGACAGUGUCCAGCGAGACCAUGAAGUCCAACACAGGUGAAUAUGUGAUCAUGACUGUCCACUUCCACUUGCAGAGGAAAAUGGGGUACUUCAUGAUACAGAUCUACACGCCGUGCAUCAUGACCGUCAUCCUCUCCCAGGUGUCCUUCUGGAUCAACAAGGAGUCGGUCCCCGCCAGGACUGUCUUUGGAAUCACCACUGUUUUAACCAUGACCACGCUGAGCAUCAGUGCCCGGCACUCUCUGCCCAAAGUGUCCUACGCCACGGCCAUGGAUUGGUUCAUCGCCGUGUGCUUUGCGUUUGUCUUUUCGGCUCUGAUCGAGUUUGCAGCGGUCAACUACUUCACCAACCUGCAGUCCCAGAAGGCCAAAAGGAAGGCUCAGGAGGCCGCCCUGGGCCCAGCCACAACGUCAACAGCCACUGAGCCCAUGGAAGCUGAGAUUAUUGUGAGGUCCAAUUCCAAGUACCAUCUGAAGAAAAGAAUCACGUCUCUCACGCUGCCGAUAGUCCCGUCUGCUGAGGCGGGCAAAGGCCUCGCCGAAGGGCCUGUCUUACAGUCUCCCCCCGUCACACCCUCCACUCCCUCCCCAGCUUUGGGGGGCAGCAGUAAAAUUGACCAGUAUUCUCGAAUUCUCUUCCCGGUCGCAUUUGCGGGCUUCAACCUUGUAUACUGGGUGGUUUAUCUUUCCAAAGACACAAUGGAAGUGGACAGCCGUGUGGAAUAG